GAUUACAGAUUUAUUUGUUGAUGGGCCAACAUUACUCGGUUAUUUUGGCUCAAAUUGUCUUAACUUAAAACUUUGAAAUUGUUUAAUUUAUGCUGUGAAAUGGCCACUCGAAAUCGUAGCUAUGAUAAAGAAAGUAAAUUGAAAGGACUGAAGAAUGACGAUUACAUUAACUUUACUCCACCGAAGUCGCGAGAGGAACUGUUACAAAAGAAACACAUCUCCUUUUUUAAACGUGUGUUGCAAGUAUUACCAUCCCAACAACUUGAUACACACAGGUAAGUGAUAAAAAUAGUAAAUAACAGAGUAAUACAUGACUCAAAAACUUUUUGAGAUAUUGCUUGGUUUCAUUUUAUGAAUUGAGUGUAGGCCUAUGUAUCAAUAGUCUUUUUUAAAUUAAAUUAUGAAUUGGGCGGACAAAUGGGGCAUGAAAUUUAAUGAAACCAAGCCAAAUGCUACACAAUGAGUAGAUACUUCGGUCAAAAAUGUAAACAUUUUUAAAAAAUAAACCAAUGGCACAGUUGAAUAGAGCUAAUUUUAAACAGAAUUAUAACACCAAAAUCAUAUUUUUAGCUGUUGUAGUUUUAAAGUUAUGAAUUUUUAAAGUACGACUUGGUUUGUCAUUUUUUAACAUGGACUGCAUCUCCACAUUCUGUGACCUCAUUCCACUGAUCGCGUCAUGCGCAAUGACUAUAAUAGUCUAUAUAGUUUAUAUAAGGCAACGCAUUCCCUAUCACUAAAAUACUGUUUAGGGUCGACUUAUUUUAAACUUUCAAUUUUGGCACAUGAAUAAGCUUUCCCUGACCAAUGGUUUAAUAGCUUUUGCACACGGCAAACUCUUAUGAAUGAAACUCUGAGAUAGUACUACGACGUAGCCGUUAUGCAAGUGGCUGUGAAUGGUUGCCAAUGACAACGUGUUGCACAGGGAAAAUUCUGAUCAUUUAUAAUAUGGACUCUGCAGGGUUUUUAAAGCUCAAAUUAAAACAUUUCCAGUUUAAAUGUCUUCAAAAUGCAUUCUGAAACACAAAAUAUAAAAUAUUUUGAUGUAUAUAGUGGUAAUAAUUAAAUAUUUCCUAAGUAUCGGCAACUUCCGCCAUUAAAAAGGGGGCGUGGCCCACGCCAUGUCGAAAUUAGGCUGAGCCACCUUAUGGUGAUAUGGGUCACUGUGACAAGUGUAACAAACGUGAGACACGACCUACAUCAAUGAAACUUGGCACAGAUAUAGAUCAAUAUCUAAUGCUCAUACAGAUUUAAUCAAAAAGGACCUUAUCUUAUUAUUUCACAAAAAAUUUUGUAUGCGAAGAUGCCUUAUAUAUACCAAAGAUUUUCAAAAUAAAGGUCGAUUGAAAAAAGCAAAAUAGCUGGCUAGAAAUGUAGGCCAAGAUGUCUUCCAAAUUAUAAGGCCGGAAACGGAACUCAAAUAUAUGUGGAAAGAACUAAUUUAAUAAUAAAUAGACACACACAUCGGAAAAUUAAAAACUCGGAUUUUUCGGCGCCGACAGCCAUUUCCGAUACAAAAAAAAUAGUAGUCUCCCUUGUUUCAUCGAAGUAUCUACAAUGAAUAUGAGCAUCUCAAGAAAAAAAAACAUCAACCUAUAUGUACUCACUACACGAGAUAAUUCUCCAACAAGUAUCAAAUAAUCCAUACCUUGGAAUUCUCUUCUCAAAUAACCUAAAAUGGUCACCCCCAUAUUGGCCAUUUAAACAAAAUUUUUAAAAAAGCCAACUCUACACUAGGUUUCAUUUGAAGAAAUCUGCGCCACUGCCUAACUUCCUGCAAACAAAAUGCCUAUCUCGCACUCGUCCGUCCACUACUAGAAUGUGGUGCAAUCAUCUGGGACCCACACCGAAAGCAAGACGUGGACAAGAUGAAGCGAAACCAGCGUAAUACGGCUUCAUCGCACAUGACUACAAAUCCACCACUUCUGGCUUCGUCACUGGCCUCUUAAAAAGAUUUGACAUCCCCUCCCUUAAAGACAGACAAGAGGGGCUCCGCCUGAUAUUCUUAUAUAAAGUGGUCAUGGGGCUGGUGCCGGCCAUCCCAGCAGGCACGUACCUCACCCCACAGAAGCCGGGUCGAUUGAUCAGAGCGAAACGCUCACUACACUGAUUUCACCACUGACAACCCCAUAAACAAUUACACCCGAAACAAUAGUGUUACGCACUGCCUUCUAUUUUGAGAAAUUAAUCUCGUAUUUUUAAUUUUAAGGCUCGUUCAAACUGUGCCUAACAAAGGACGAUACCAUAGAAAUAUGAUAAUAAAGAUAUGACACCCAAAACAGUUGCCAGUUACAAUUAAUAUGAUUUAAUUUAGUAAUAAUACAAUAACAAAACAAAAGAAAUAUAAUUAUAAAUCAUCAACUUACAGUAUGGUAGAUUUUGUACCUGUACACAGUUAGUACAAUGUGCCAAUGAAUAAUGAUGAAUGAAGAAUGCGAAUAAACUAAUAUAUAAGAACACAAAGAAUAAUACACGUCUCAUACAGUUAAUAAUUUCUAUCUGAAUCUCCGUCCCUCCGUAUCUGUCACUCCCUUACUUACAUGUGGGUCUACCGACGCGUAAACCCUGCCUUCCAGAAGCUACUCAGCAUUUGUUUACAUUUCUAGAACAAAUCGAGAUCAUUCGACAAGAUACUAAGGGACAGUCUAACCAUGUUUAAUUGGUAAACACGGCAGAUCAAAAGAACUAGCCCCGCCCAUCUAUGAAGCGAGCGUCUGCUUAAUAAUCUAAUUUAAGGUCAAGCAAAGUUCAUGCACGGGGAAAUCGUGUAAAACGUUAUACAUAACAAAAGCAAAUGCUUCACUGUGCCUUGGUGUAACACAGGGCAGUAUAAAUAAUCAUUCUUCUCACGCACAAUAAUUGCUCGGAACCACCCGGACAAUGCCGCUGUGGACCCGACAUCGGUCGAAAGCUUCAAGGCUGCCCUGGCAUCUGCUAGGAGCUGUUAGAAUAGCAGCAUCGCUGCCCCAACCGUUGCACAGAUGCCAGCAUAUGGAACCAUUGUAGCCCUGCUUAGACCUUGACUUAGCUUAGUUAAACUGCAGGAGUUUUCUCAGGGUUUUCAACAAACUUCGGACAUUCUUUUUCAUAAUAUAAAAAUAUAAUUAAGUGUAGGCCUAUGUAUCAAUAGUCUUUUUUUAAAUUAGAGUUGUUGUUUUUUACAAACAUAAAACAGUCAUUUUGAAAAAAGACUAAUGCUAUUCGGCUCGGACCCGGGAUGUCUUUUGUUUACACCUCGUAAAAUAAUCCCUGGUCCGCUUAUAACAUUUCUCUGGUCCAUUCAUUACGAGGCCAUGAGACACUUUAACCAACGCUUGUAGAUUGGUUGCUCUCUGGUGUUGGUAGAAUUCUAUUAUGUAGCCUAGCCAAGUCUCACGCUUUGCAUCUUUUGCCUGGGUGCUGUUUCCCUGGUCAGCUGCUUACAAAGGACAUAAUCAUUCUUUGUUACAUUGAUGUAUUGGAGAAACACUGGCAUAGUGGGAGCGACAUGUUCUCUACGGCCUUGCCAUUUUUCUGUUUAGGAAGGCCUAGGCAGUGGUGCAGUCACAGCGGGUUACUGGUGUAUCGGUUUGCAGUAGCACUGCUGGGCAGAUUUCUGAUUGUCAGUGGUGCAUAGCCUUGUUGGUGUGUCCCUGCUCCAGUGCCCGAACAUCUGAAAGCAGGACAAAUAAACCCAUGACAACUGACCAUAAGACAUCUGAACACAAAACAAAUGAACCAAUGGACAAGUGAACACACAGAAAAGUGAACAUAUAAACAACUGAAACCAUGAACAACUAAGAACAAAACAAACAAAAAAAGAAAAAUAUGCUCAUGCACCAAAUAAGAAAAAUACGAGCAUGAAGCUCAUCUCAACCAUGAGCGGUGCUUUAAAUAAAUUUGGCACCCUGGGGUUUUCCAAAGAUGAUGGAUCGAAUUCCGGAAAAUUUGACUGGUUUACUUGGGCGCCGACCGGUUGACCAAAGAAAAUUUGUGUUAUAUUAUUUUUGUAUUUUUGGACCCACCCUGGGAGACGGAAAGUGGUUUGACAACUUUUUCCAGAAAUAGCAUUUAUUUUCUGGAUUUUCUGCUCAGCAUGCUCCAGAGUUGACAAUGAUAACCAUGGAUGCUCACAAAGUGCCCCCUAUGUCAGACUGACACUAGUUGCUGAAUAUUUGGCUGGUCACGCGUGUCACUAACAUGACGAGUGGGCAAGGUUGGCGCCCUAUUGCUCAGGACAGAAAAUAAAUAAAAAGCUCUUAUCCCGGUUACAGUUUCUGGUCUUUUCUGAAGCUCGUUGCCAGCUGCCUGUAUGCCCCAAAAACAUUUACACGUGAGUUUUGACUUGGCCAUGGGACAUUGCCAUUUGAGAAAAUUCUCAGAAGGCUCAUUUGUCUAUGUUCUCACUUGUAUGUGUGGUCACUUGUCUGUAUGUUCACUUGCCAUGUGUGCGGGUGUCUUGUGAUAGUUUUCAUGGGUUCACUUGUUUGAGAACCAUUUGCUGCAUUGGUUGGAUAUCAAUUUCUAAUCUCUAAGGCUUCAAGGGACCAUCUGUAUAUUCCGAACGCUCUGUGGUUAAAGGAGCCAAUGCUGAGUAUCAUAAUAAUAAAACCAUGGGCUAAAGAUUGUCAAUAAAUAUACUAAGUUUUAAAUCCAUUAGAAAAGAGAAGAAACACUAGAAGUAUAUCAUAUAUAUACUUUUUCUUUUUAAACUUACCUUGAGUCUGUGUAAAGGGGUGGGGAGUGGGAAGAGCUGAGGUUACAUCAUCAGUUAUUACUUUAAGUGCUCCUCCCCGCCCACCCUGGAGAAAAAUAUAUACAACUUAAAGCCCAUUUUGGUGCCCAAGGAUUUUGUCCCCUCUGCCCCUGCCGCCCCCCCCCCCAUUUGGGACUGCCCACUCAAAAAUCUGAAAUGCCCCCUUCCCCCACUGUGGAGGAAAUUGUCUGAAAGAAACAGUGGUCAUAUUAUAAAUUCUGCAUGGUUCUCAAGAUGAGCUCAUUAAUUCAAAAUGGCCAUCAAAUCUGCUUAUGUCACAUUUGAAUUUGAACACAACAUUAACAAUAUUCUUUAAAAUAUAGGGUCAUGUAUAUCGUAUUGAAAAGGGGAAAAAUAAUAUUUAUUUUAAAAGUAGCAUUUGGAAUGGUGCCUAACAAUAAAAUAAAAUUAUUUUUAUAUCUCUGAAAGCAAAAUCUGAAGAAGAAAAAAUACAAUAUUCAGAUUAUAGCUGAUGCUUCAGUCUUUCUUGCAUAGAUUAUUUAAAGUUUCUUUCAAUUCUAUACUCUUUCUGCUAAGUGUAGCAUUAGUUUUUCGUAGAAAUGCACAUUUGCUGCAGUGAGUCUUUAUUCUUUUUAGUCAACUGAUAUUUAUAUGAAUCUGUUAAAGAUAUUGCAUUCUGGGAGCAUGCUGCAUUUGUAAUUUCCUCCACCUAUUUUUUCUAGGUCUUUUUUUAAAUUUGUAAAUCCAAAAAGCCACUUGUCUUUUUCUUUUUUAUUGGCAGUGUUGGUUGUUACUUAAAAGUUUAUAUGUGAAAAAAAAUCACUGAAAAACAAUAUGAAAAUAUAAAGUUUUAGCCUAUUUAAGCAUUAAGCAACAAUCUUUAGGGCAUAAAUAAAAGUAAUUCACAUUUUACAAGCUAAAUAAACAAUUUUACUACUAUAUAAAAAAAGAUGUGCUUCUUCAACAUCUGUUUCCUACAAAGUGCAACUAUUUUGAAGUCAUUUGGGAGGCUUUUAAAUAUAAUAAAACAAAGUAUUUUACUGUCAAGUAUUUCGUAUGUAUGUCAAGUAGUUUUCUUCAUAUUUUCAAACUAAACAUGUGUCAGAUAGCUUACUUAGACUUAGACCUUUUACCUAUAGCCUAUUAUAUUAAUGCAUUAAUUUCAUUUACUUUCAGAGUAUCUGUGGCAUUCUUUGCUAUUUCAGGACUUGAUGUGUUAGAAUCUCUCAAAGACAUAGAUGAAAAGCGGGAUAAUAUCAUAAAAUGGAUUUACAGCUUACAAAUCCAGCCUGACUUAAAUGGUGUGUUUUUUGUUAAAUUAGAAGUUUUAAUAUAUUUUGUAUUAUUUUGUGAGACCAUUCAAUAAACCAAAAAAAAAAAGAGAAUCUUUGAUUUUUUAAUUGAUAAAUACAUAGUGUACUAAAAUUUAAAACAUCAAGAAUACUGUCAAAACUAAUUGCCAAAAGACCUCAACUGUACACUGAACAAAUUCUUAAUGAGUACCAAUGUGGAUUCAGACAAAGCAGAUCAAUGACUGAUCAGAUUUUCACCAUCAGAUCCAUAUUAGAGAAAUGUUAUGAAUAUAAUAUCACAGUUCAUCAACUCUAUAUGGACUAUAAAAUGGCCUAUGACAGCAUCAAAAGAAAAUAUCUAUAUGAGAUUCUGCAGGAGUUUGGCAUACCCAAAAAAUCUGAUAAAACUGAUACAUGUAGCAUUAAACAACUCAAAAACCAAAAUCAAGGUUCAGGCAGAAUAAUCUAAGCAAUUUCAAAUUGGAUGUGGCCUAUGACAAGAGGACUCACUGUCUUUAUGCUAUUUUACCUAACAUUAGAGUUAUAAGAAACAUAUAUAUUGACACCCGAGGAACAAUAACAAGAUACGUUUUGUGGGAGACCCAAAACACACAACCUAUAGUUACUCCCUACAAUCAACCCCUUCAGUAUCUUGCAUAUGCUGAUGACACAGCACUGUCUUUAUUGAAUUAGAAGAUGCAUCACUACAUGGAGGGCUGGAAGUUAACAACCAAAAAACAAAAUACAUGACAAUGAUAAGAGAAGAACAGACAGAUGAAACCAUUAAAAUUAGAAACUAAACUUUUGAAAAAUUAAAUAAAUUCAAAUAUCUUAAUAAAUAAAAGAAAUGAAUUACUAACAGAAAUAAACGAAAGAAUAUCAGUCGGAAACAGGGCAUACUUUAGUAGUCAGUAAAUACUCAAAAGUAAAAAAAUAAAACUAUAUAUUACACUGUAAUCAGACCAGUUGUAACAUAUGCAAGUGAAACUUGGACCCUAACAAAAACAACGAAAACCUAUUAAACACAUGGGAGACAAAAGUUCUGCAAUAUGGAGCAACAAAGGAUGAAUAUGGAUCGCGAAUAUAAACCAACAAGGAAAUGUAUAAGCUAUAUCAGGAUAUUACGCUAGUUGCAGAAAUAAAAACAGCAGGCUUCGCUGCGUGGGACACUUAGAAAGAAUGCUAAAUGACAGAGGAGUAAAAAAGGUGCACCACAAAAACCCCAGAGGAAAAUGGCUCAAAGGCAGACUUAGGCUUAGAUGGAUGGAUGAUGUUGAAAAAAAUCUACAGCAACUGGGAAUCAAAGCACAGAAAAGAAAAGCAUUAGUUAGGUGUGAGUAGAAGAAAGUGGUGAGACAGGCCAAAGCCCUUCAUGGUCUGUAGGGCCACAGAGAUGGAAGAACUAAACUUUAAAAAUCAUUUUCUGUCCAAAGUUACUCUUUAUUCAUGUGUUAGUGAUAUAAGAUGGGUAGUUUUUUUUUGCCAUAGACAUUAGCAAGGGCAGAGAUUUACCACAAAAUGCUGCAAUAGAGAAAAGUAUAGUAUAUAAAAAUUUGGAUCUCUUUGAAAACUUCGUAGUCAUGUAAAGAAUCAGAUUUUUUUACGUUUCAUAAAUAUACACAUUGAUUGAUGCAAAAUAUAAAAAAAUUAAUUAUAAUUAAAAUUGAAAGACCACAAUCAGAAAAAGAUGAAAAGAUAUCUAAACUAUUGUCAAACACUGCAAGUGUUCAGUUUAAAGGAUUUGCUCUCAAUAACAUUUUCUAAACCAGGGUUCCUCAAACUAUUUUAACACAUUGUCUUUUCACUGGCCCUAGUAGGGGGUCAGACAUUCGUUUAAAGACAAUAAAUAUGAAUGAAUCCCUAUGCAUACUGCACAAAUUUUUUUUGUUCUGCAAAAAGAACGGGGAAAAUUCCAAUAAAUACAAAAUUAAUUUAAAAUGAAGAACAAUUUUAAUCAAUAUAAACUUAUUAGUAUUUUAAUUAGAAUUAUGGGCCUGGUUUGGGUAAUGAUAUAGUCAAUGCACUGUCCACAUUUGUCUCAGGUACCCAUACGAUGGCCAGGAGGGCCAGGUAAAGGACCCCUGAUGGGCUGGAUCUGGCCCCCCAGGCCGUAGUUCGAGGACCCCUGUUCUAAACCAUGCAUUAUUUAUGUAAUGAUAAUUAUUAAUUUUAAUACUGAUAACUUUCAGGCACAAAUCACAAGCAAUGUGGUUUUCGUGGAUGCUCAAUGCUUGGCCAUUUAUAUGAUACAGAUAAGGUAAUUCAUAGGUUCUCACUAAAUAACAUAGACAUAGCUGAAAUAAAUGCAAGGAAAUUUUUAUUAGUAAAUUUUUCCAUUCUUUCUCUCCUGACAAGCAACUUGGACCAUCCUUUCUGAAUAACAAGUACACAUUUCCAGCAUUUGUCAGUUUAAAUGUACACAGCACAUUUCUCACUAAACCGUUAUUGUAUUUUACAUGCUAUUGUGUUUAUUUCUUAGCGUGGGAAAUGGAGAAAAUUAUUUCAAACAUUCUGUAUAUUUUCAUACAGGCCAAGGAGCAAGUGAUACCUUACGACAGUAGUAAUAUUGCUAUGACAUACACAUCAUUAGUUUCACUGCUGAUACUAGGUGAUGAUUUGUCAAGAGUUAAUAAAAAAGCAGUUAUAACUGGGAUUAGAAGUUUGCAACAGUCUGAUGGAAGGUUUGUAUGACUGUAUAUAACUGUUUUGCUUUUUCAUGUGAAACUAUUAUAAAGGCAAUAUUGGUUCUUAAAUGAUCUCAAAAGUUCAGCUAUUACAUGUGUUAUUCAUUAUCAAAAGCACAAUACUCUUUAGAAGUGUGAGGUUGACUUUUUUUUUUUAUUGUACUUUGGUGUUUUCAAAAAGGAGAUGUAAGUGGAAAUUCAAAAUAUUUUAUCAAAUAUCUAUUUCAAUUUAUUUCAAAUUUUAACAGUAUAUUUUUCCUGGGUGACAAUGAAAAGUAUUAAUGAGCAUUUUGAAAUUGUGUAGCUAGCUGUUACUGAAAAAGACUGCUACUUUAUAAGUAAUGGUUUCAGGAGAUUUUCCAACAAUCUUCUCAACCUUGUCCAAUUAUUUUUGAUGCAACUAGUUUGUAGCUGAAAGCAUUUAACACUUUAAUUGGAAAGAUUAUGCACAAAUAUGCAAGCUUUUUUGUUUUAGACAGUGCUUAAAUAAGUUUUAUUCUUUCUCUAAAAGGCCCAUAACUUUUCAUUCUGCUUAAAAAUUGAUGAAAAACUUUUAUGUUAGGUAGCCUACCAACCUCGCAGUGUUAAUGGCUGUAUUAGGUCUGAGCCGGGUACUGACCUGGAUACCCAGAAAUAACAAGUAUUAUUACACCUGGCACAUAAAAAAGUUGGCAGCUUCCAUGCGAAACUAUAACCAUAACUAUUACAGAGCACUUGCUACAGAACCCGCCACCCCCUAUCAAAAUUUAAGUACAUAAAAUCUCUGCCCUCCCCUUCUCAAUGCAUGUUUCUCAAUUUCAAGGUAUAAUUCUGGUUGUGGUCGCCACAACUUGGCUAAUGUUAUAAAGGUGUAGCAGCACUAAAAAGGCGGAGAACCGCUGGGUUAGGAUUAUAUUAUUAACCUAUUAGUGUUUUGAAUCCUUCAACUUUUGAUGCCUUCAUGACCGCCACUGGUUCUAUACGUGCACUUUUUGCUUCUCCCCAUUGGGUGGAACACGUUAUAGAAAAUAAGAAAUCUCUUACUCCAGGGCUUGUGCCCGCCCAUAUUAUCUCAAAAUACCUGGACCGGGUGUAAAAAGGCUGUAUUGGUCCUGGUUUCAUGUCAUUUCUGAGAGGAGAAAAUACUUAAAGCUUUAAUUGAUUUUAAUUUUAAAGAACAUGAAGAUCUCAUAGUUUAAUCCAGAACUAUUAAGCCACAGGGAUCUAAUAAAUUAAAACCUCUGUGCAGGACAGUGAGCUGUGAUCACAUCUAGAUUUUUAUAUUUGACUAGAGCAUUAAAUCUUCUUAAUUUUAUCUCAUGAGCAAAAAUGUUUACAAAUUCCUAAGCAAGAAACACACACAAUGCAAUUUGUUUUAAAUUCAAAUUCUGGGUCAAAAGUUCAAAAAAUAUCUUUCCUGUUAAUACUUUCAGAUUUUUUUUAAUUCCAUGUAUUUUCCUGAUACAAUUAGGCCAUGUCAUAUUUUUGAGACAUGACAACCAGAAAAUCAUUAAAAAUCUUUUAGAGAGACCAUAGAAAUGCUAUUUUUAUCACUUACAAAGUUGGUUUUUUAUACAGGCUUUUCUCCUUCCAUCAAAUAGUUGCUAUUCUGGACACAAGUAUCAUAACAACAUUUUCAUAUACGAACUGAUGAAAUUCAGACUUAUAAUUUUAGAUAAUUUUUCUUUUUGUCUGUUUGUCAUUUAGUUCUGCCACUUUUAAGAUAAACUCUGAAUCAUAUCUAAACUGAUUUUUUAAAUUCCAACUUAGAUUGAUUUGCUUAAAAAAUGGCAAGAAAUCUUUCAAUUCAGUUAUCUCCCUUCUUCAUAUGUCCUUCUUUGGUGCAUUGUCCCACUGUUUGGUGAUUAUUUUAUUACAUUAAGUUAUUAUUUAAAGUUGUUAUCAGACCUAUUGAUUUUCUGAGGUAAAUUUUAUAGCAAAAAAAAAAUAAUAAUAGUUUUUUAAUAAAAUGCCAUUUUAGCUAUCUGGAACAAUUUCAUGUGGUCAACUCCACUCUUUUUUAUAAAACUAUGGAAUUUUAUCCAAUAUUAAUCUCACAAUAUUAUGGACACCAGUAGGAAUACUGCCUCAGGAAUAAAGUUUUUAACAAUUGUAUCUUAAAAUUAUUAAACAAAUUUUUUUUAAAUAACCAAUUACACCCAUUAUAUCAUUUUUUUAGUUUAAUUUUUAUGCUCCAGCAGCUGAAAUGGACAUUUUAAAUUUUAAAUUGUGUACCAUGCAACAUUUUUGCAAAUUACUGGUGUAUCACAUUAAUGUUUUAAAUGUUGUUGGGUAAUGUGUGUCUAAUUUAUUUUGUGGUGGUUUUUUUACAGCUUUUAAAUUUAAUUUUAUUUUCAUAUUUCUUUUCUAUUUAUUUUUUCAGUUUCAUUUCAGUUCUGGAGGGCAGUGAAUAUGACAUGAGAUUUGUUUACUGUGCAUGCUGUGUGUGCUACAUUUUGGAUGAUUGGAAAGGCAUGGAUGUAGAUAAAGCUGUAUCAUAUAUUGUCCAGAGUCUUGUGAGUGGCAUGUUAGUGGGGGGGGUUUUCAUUAGCACUGUCUUUUAAAUGAUCAGUUCUUAUUUCACGGGUGUAAUGUUUUAAUGAGGGCAUAUUAAAAAUUAUUCUUUUCAUUUCAACAUAGUCUCACUAAAACCAUUCAGUAAAUUGUUGUGAAAGUUAAACUGGAAAUUCAAACACAUACAUUUUUCAAUGUGGAUUGCAUUGAAUUCAAAUUGCCCUACAUCAAUUGCUACCAAAAAUUGUCUGCUGAAUAUUUAUUAUGCUAUUAUUUAUGGUGCUUUCUAAUAUUCUCUAGGUAAUUUAUUGUUUUAUUCAGUUGAAGACAAAGAUAAAUAAUCUUGGACAUAACUAACUGGAUUCAAAUUUGACAAAACUCCAAUUAAACAUCCAAAAGUCCUAUUUAAAACAACAGCUAAAAGUCUUAAUUUAAAAAAAACAUCCAAAAGUCCUAUUAACACAUCCAAAAUUCUAUUAAAACUUGUGGAUUUCAUUUCUGAUGUCAUGUGGAAUAUUAGCCAAUUAAUCAUCAAAAAAAGUAAACUAAUUGACAAAAUGGCCAAUUCAGCCGAUUUAUUGGUGCAACCCUAUUAUAAAUGUUGCAGCAGAGUUUAAGUUAUGCUAUUCUCUCAAAAUGUAUCAUGUGUUUUGAAGUUUAAAUUCUAUCAAUUUCAGUCAUAUGAAGGAGCGUUUGGUCAAAGACCGUUCAAUGAAGCGCAUGGUAAGUAAUCUGUUGGCACUUUUUAAAAUUCAUUUAAGUUUACUCAGUGCCGUCUUAGCACAUAGGCACACUCUUCACUUGCCAAGUCCCUACAAUAGUUCUAUAGGUCUAAGCAGCUAUAUUAUUCAUAAGAGAUCCUGUUGCAUUUUUUACACUGGAGCUGAAAAAGUGCUAUGUUUUUAUUCUCCUUCCAUUCAUUUAGUAGCUUUCUUUUAAUUGACCUAUGACCUGUACUACAUGUUUUCAACUUAAAAGCCACCCUUUAUCCCUUUAGUUUUCAAUUUAUUUAUAAUUUACAAAUAAAUAUUUUUAAUAUUAUAUUAUCAUAUAAUUUUAGUAUCAUCCUCUUAUGCCCUAGUUUUAAUAUCCUUAAACCAUUGGUUCCCAUAAAAUCAUUGCCUUGAUAAAAGCUUGUAAUUUAAUACUUUCUAAUGAUUUUAUAUUUCUCUUAUUAAAAAAUAUAGGUUGAAUUUUCUUUUAAAUAAAUAAUUAUUUCUAUCUUUUCCUAAGUAUUGGAACCAAUUUAUUGCACUUGCUUUAUUUAGGUGGCUCCACAUUUUGUGCCGUUGCUUCUCUAGUUUUGAUGGAUCGUCUUAAUACAGCCCUUAAAGAAGCUCAACUGUCACAGCUUAAAAGGUGGUUACUGAGGCGGCAAGAAACAGGUUUUACUGGACGACCCAACAAACCUGCAGAUACCUGCUAUUCUUUUUGGGUGGGGGCAACUUUACAGGUAAAAAUGCAAUCUGGCUCUUUUUUUUAAAUUUUGAUUUUUCUCUUUUUUCUUCAAUUAAAUGAUAAGUCUUUUUUUUUUCUGUGCCCUUUAUAUUUAUUUAUCUAAUAAAAUCACUACCUUUUAUAAAUAUUUUUAUCUCCAGAUGUUGGGUGUAUUAGAUUUGUCAAAUGUUACCUUCAAUAGAUCAUUUGUAUUGAGUACACAGUCUCCCAUUACCGGUGGAUUUUCCAAAUAUCCUGAUCAUAGUCCAGGUAAUCUUUUAUAACCUUUUGCAUCAAUGCAAACCAAUAAAUUAUUAUAGCGGAACACUUAAUUUUUUUGCAAAUUCAUAUGUAACAGCAUGUUAAAAUUUUCAAUAAAUCAGUCAAGAAUUAUUUUUAUAUUUUCUGGUUGCAAUAGAAAAGUUAUUGAAAAAAAUUACGCUUUAUUCACAGAUCCAUUACAUACAUAUUUAGGAUUAUGUGGAUUGUCACUAAUUGGAGAGCCCGGUCUUAGUCCAAUCUUUCCUGCCUUGAACAUGUCACAGAGAGCUUAUGAUCACCUGAGCAACUUGCAUAGGCAAUGGCGAGAAGGACCAGAUCACUGAUUUAACUUAAUUUGUCCUAAUUUAUUUUAAAAUGUCCAAAUAAACAGAAGAUUAUGGCACGCUCAAUGUAACUGUAUUUGACACAAUGUUUGAUCCAUCUUAUUUUUACCCAAUCUUUCUAUACAUCUUCAAGCCUGACAAUUCUGAUUGCAAGCCUAAAUAUAAAUAUUAGUCUACUAUAAUUGAAAAGGGAGGAAAUUGAUUUUUAUAUGUGCUUUGAUAUAUGUCAUCAGAAAAUACAAGUCUGAUCUUCUCUUCAGUUCACAUAAUGAUGUGCCUGCUGCUGAGUGUGAA